AUGGACCAUGAAAUCCAACAGGAAAGAGCAGGGCUCCUAGGCGGCCUUUCUUCAGAUACCAACGAGUAUAGAUACCCCGGGCUGGACGGUGCGAAAGCAAUUAUUAGUCGAGAAUAUGAUCGCUUCCUGGACGAGCACAAAAGUCCACAUAUUGUCUUUACACAUACACCACAGUCUGAAGUUGAUAUAAUUGAUAGCGAACGCCUUGGAAGAACCGACUACCACUCUUCUUUACAAACAUUAGUUAUUACUAUGCCGAGCCUCCCCCAUGAAGAGGCUAGCCGCCUUUUCUGCGGGCUAGUUGUACUUAAGGCUCAGAGUAUGGGAGUCCGACGUCUUAUUUCCUUUAGAGGAAGUACUACCACAAAAGCCCGGGAGAGAGAGAAGCAAGCCGAUGAAUCGUGGGGUCCACGUCAGAGGAGAGGUCAGCCUGGGAAAUGGCCAACGAUCGCGCUCGAGGUAGCCUUUUCAGAAUCUCAAGAAAAGGUGAAAGCCGAUAUGUCAUGGUGGUUAUACAGAUCGAAUGGCGCCGUGUUAAAAGCAAUCUCUAUUGAUAUCAAGAGGACGAGCGGCAACGUCUACAUUACAUUAUGGGAGCGUGGCGCGAUACCAAGUAGGCAGCAUCCCCAGCCAGAGCCUAGAGUAGUUGGAGAAAUGAGGAUAUAUAGAGGGAGGGAUGGAAGGCCAACGAGAGUAGAGGGAGCUGAUUUGACUAUACCGUUCCAUGACAUGCUCCUUCGUGCCCCUGACACUGAUUGGGGAGAGGGUGAUUUUAUAUUCACGAAGGAGGAGCUGCUUGAACUUGCUGAGGACGUUUGGGAUGACAUGGAGCAACUAGCUUGA